GGGUGGUUGGAUGAAGGACUAGAAGAGGAAAGAGACCAUGAUCGAGAUUCCAGGAACAAUAACCCACUGAUGUACGAAUAUUGGAUGAUACAGCCAUACACGGACAGUUAUGGAGACAAGCAGUAUUUCAAGACUUCCUUACUGAAAGCAGGUGAAAUGACAGCAACAGAACUAAGACUUCCAGCAGGCAGCCCAGAAUACAAUUACUUUACAGAGCUUUCUGUCAGAGUUUGUGACAGAUUUGGUGAUUGCAUGGAAUACAAGAUGAAUGUAACUAUUAAACCAGACACAGAUUUGGAACCAAUGAACACUGAUGACACUGAGAAAAUUACACGACUACUUGACACGUCAAAUCGUACUUUUAGCAUAACUGAUGCCGGUGGAAACAACAUGGGACUUAUGCGUGUAGUGUCCUCUACUGUUAGCUCGUAUGCUUCCCUCGAUAUGACAUUGGAAUCCGCUUCUGAAAUAUCUAGUCCAGACGACAUUUUAGAAUAUGGAAACGAAAACAUUUCUGAUGUACAGAACAUUUUAACAGGGACAACUGAUAACUUUGUCCAGGAAAUCUUCAAUCGAAUCCCUGAUGGUGUAUCCAAUGUUGAACUCCUUCCGGCUGAUAUCAUUUUAGUUGGGAAAAGUUUGGACAAAUGUAUUCAAAAGACAAGUCUAGUGACAGCAGAAGCCUCGGAGAACGUUUUCUCGGCAAGUAGAGAGCUUUUGAGGAACGUGAGAAAACAUACCAGAAAGAAACCUUUUCCCAUGAUGGAACUGGAUGGAAUAUUGGAAGCUAACGCAGAAGUUAUUGGCGUUAUGUCAAAAAAUCUUGAUCUGUACCAAUCAGCAGGCAAUGAAGACAUUAAUAAUACGCUUACAAAAGAAAUGGUGGAGCAGGAAUUACAGAGAUACUAUGAUUAUCAUCCAGACAAAUAUGAUGAGUUUGUUAAGAAGUAUAAAACGUUUGAUCGCAUUGUUGACAAGCUAUAUAUCAAACGUACGGGAAUAAGGAAACGCAAGAAGAGAUUAGCUAGCAUAGCCAAGAGAAUUUAUAAGAACAUUUUCAAUGCAUUGGAUGAAGCUUUCAACAUCACAUCAUCAACGGUAGCAUUUGCAGAGCCUGAAAAAGUCAUCAGAAAAGAAAACCUUAAUGUCAGUCUGGAAAAGAACCACCUUGAGCACUUCAAGAACAAAACAGUAAUUAAAAGAGAUGGAUUCUUGUUUGAUUUCAAUAAUGAAACACUAGAAAAUGUCACAGCUACUGAUAUCCAACUAAAGGUUGCUGUAUUUAAGAAAUCUCCUUUCUUACAUGCAAAUGGUGCGACGGGAGUAAACGGUCAAAUAAUGAAGAUUGAAGUUUUAGAUGAAGAAGAACAACAGAUAGAUUUCCCGCUCUCUAUAACGAUCAGUAAUGAAGGAAUAUCUUACUACAAGGAAUAUGAACCACUAGUUGUUGAAGGUGGAUCAUCAUACAUGAUGUAUUUCCGCUGUCAAAUGGCUGAUCCGAAUGAUGCAUUCAUCACCUAUAUAAAACCUGUGGGUGUCAACUUUGCCAAUAUAGAAGUGGAUGAAUUAUUUACCUUGUAUGCUCGUUCCGAAAUUAUCCCUUCGGAAAUUGAAUUUGAUUUUUUAUCCGUGGUUAAGGCUUCUGAUUGGGAGUCUAAUGGCUUCAAAGUAUUUAUACCUAGUUGUCAACUACAGCGUGGAGAUGUAUACAUAGCAUUGAAACCAAUUACAGAGGAUGAACAGUCUGAAAACGCGACACUUUUGUCAAGAAAACGACGUAGUACAGAUAAUACCACUGAUGCUCCACCCGACCAUACCACAGCUAACAUAAGUGUUGUUAUAGUAACAACCGGAUGUAGAGUUUAUGAUGAACAAACGGAAUCAUGGGAUCCAAGUGGAUGUUCUGUAUUGCCCUUUUCAUCUUUAAAUGAAACAGUCUGCAGGUGUUCACCUGGUGCUGGUACGCUGUUUGCCUCAACCUUUGCUAUUCCAAAUAUGAUAGAUUUUCAUUCAGUAUGGUCUAAAUUUGAUAUAACGAACGCUGCGGUAUAUGGUACUCUGAUCGCCGUCAUUGUGAUGUAUUGUAUUAUCUUCUGUGUCCUUAGGAGACUUGAUAACCGUGAUACUGGUCAGUGUUUACCUACAUUUUUAUUGGACAAUGACUUCUUUGAUACCCACUUCUACAUGAUAUCUGUACAAACAGGGCUGCGAGUAGGGUCAGCUACCUCAUCAAAUGUCAGUUUUAUACUAGGUGGUACAGAUGCUGAUUCUGGUGUCCGAUCUCUUAGUGACGGUAUUACUAGGAAACUUAUAACAAACAGCACAAACAACUUCAUUCUUGCAACUCCCGACCCUUUGGGAGAUCUCGUAUAUCUGCGUAUAUGGCAUGAUAAUAGUGGUGAGGGGAAACUUCAGUCCUGGUACUUACACAGAGUAGUAAUUACAGAUCUACAUACAAAUGACAAAUAUAUAUUUCAGUGUGAUCGAUGGUUUGCAACUGAUAUUGAUGAUGGAAUGAUUGAACGUAUCAUUCCUGUUUUAAAUGACAUCAAUUCGGGAUUUGAAUCUGCUUUUUCACAUACAACAAGAAUUAAUGUAACGGAAAACCAUCUUUGGUUAUCUUUGAUACUGAGGCCGCCAUACAGUGCGUUUAGUCGUGCUCAGCGUCUGUCGUGUCUGUUGACAUUGCUGUUACUUGCUAUGAUAUCAAAUGCUAUGUUCUUUCAAACGGAAGCAGAGACGGUAGUGGUGGCCGAUACUGUACGUCUUGGAAGUCUGUCGUUUUCUUUUAAGACUUUAUAUAUAUCUAUAAUAGGUGCUGUAAUUACUGUACCACCUAUAUUCUUGUUCACAUAUUUAUUCCGUAAUACGCGCCGACAUCAGCGACAAGAAGAAAAUCAGUCUCAUAUAUCGUAUGUCGAUAAACUGAAAACGAUGCAAAAGUUACGUCGACGUUCCGAUAAGGGGAGAAAAGGCAGUAUUAUCUGUCGACAGCAGGCUAAAUUUCCACCUUGGAUGAGUAAUGUUGCAUGGUUGUUGAUAUUUAUUGUCUGUGCAGCAUCGUCAUUCUUCUUGAUUCUGUACAGCAUGGAAUGGGGUAAAUCGAAGUCUGAAGAAUGGUUGACAACUUUCAUUUUAUCGUUUGUAGAAUCAAUCUUAAUCGUCGAUCCAGUUAAGGUUUUUUUGUUGGCUUUUCUAUUGGCACUUAUACUGAGGAAUCAGAAAGAUGACCAGGAACUUCAUGUAGACCUUGAAUCGGUUAGACAGUACUCGCAUGACAAUGCUGGACUUAGAACAGAAACGCUGAAAGAUUUCAAAAUGGCAAUUUUAUCUAACUCCGUCUCUGAGCAAAGAAUGGAAGAAAGAAAGCAGCAACUGAAAAAAGAAAAAACCGCAAAAGACGCUUUUUUGAAAUUUGUUAUUCAUAUAAUAUUUGCCGCUAUAUUGUUCAGUAUAAGUUAUGUAAACAGAGACCAAAGAGCAUUUAAUGUGAAGACACACAUUUCCAAUCAACUGUAUACAUCCGACAAAGCUAAAUGUGGGUUUUCAAAGGUAACAUCAGCCAGACAGUUUUUGUCAUGGACUAGAGAAGUGUUUGUCCCAGUGCUCUUUCCAACAGCAGAUUAUAAUGGACAAUCCAUCAGUAUUCGAGAUAAAUUUCUAAUGAAUGACUUAACAAAUGCUAAAAUUGGUCUUGUUAGAAUGCGCCAAGUGAGAGUAAAGAAGGAAAAGUGUGACAUUCCUGUUGACAUUGUAGCCGGACAUUUUUGUGGUGCUAAAUUUGAUACCAGCAAAGAAGACAAAUCUGAAUAUUGUGUCGAUUGUUCAAAAUCACUGACAGCAAAUGCCUGGACGUACACAGAAGCUAAGGAUAUCUGGGGCAUUCCAAUUGUUGGUCAUUACAAUACCUACAGCGGGGGUGGUUACAUUCAAAACCUUCACAACACAAAAGCUACUACUUUGGCUAUUGUUGAUGAAUUAGUUGAACAUUUUUGGAUCGAUAGACUGACAAGAGCAGUUUUUGUAGAGUUUACACUUUACAAUUCUAACGUAAACCUUUUGUGCUAUUCCAUAUUUUUGGCAGAGUUUUUAGAAACAGGACAUGGGACAAACUGGGUAGAUACACAAUGUUUCAGACCAUCAUUUCUGACUGACGCAGCUGGUCUUUUUUCUGUUUUAUUUUAUUUGCUGUUCAUUGUAAUACUACUUUAUCGAACAAAACUUCUUAUAACUAAUAUGAAAAACCAAAAAUGUUCAUUUUGGAAAGGGUUCUGGAAUGUUAUAGAUGCAUUUAUUUGUAUUUUUGGAUACUCUGGAAUAGUUGUAUGGGUUGGAAAGUUCAUUUACACAAAGAAGGCGUUGAAUCUAUAUUAUAAUGAUAAAGAUGUAUUUAUCAACUUUCAACAUAUUGUUAUCUGGGAUUAUGUCUUUAGUAUAAUACUGGGAUUUCUAGUUUUCAUUUCAACAUUAAGAGUAAUGAGUGCGCUAGAAUACAACAAACGAAUGACGGCACUUGCCGAUACUUUACGUCAUGGUGGACGUGCAAUCUUUCAGUUUUCUGUCUUAGUUUUCAUUGGUCUUGGUGCAUUUGCUGUUUUGGGGUAUUUGCUAUUUGGUCCUGCUGUUUAUGAAUAUAGAAAUAUUUUUGUUACUUUUGGAAGUUUAACAAAUACUCUUAUUGGACGGAAUAGUCUCGACUCCAUGAUAAGGGCGGCUCCAACCUUUGCAGAAGUCUAUUUCUUUGUGUAUGCCUUCUUUGUUAUCUUCACUUUGUUGACGAUAUUUGCUGCAGUUCUGAAUGACAGUAUAUCACAUGUCCGACAGUUACAGCUACAGCAACCAGAACCUAUAGGAAUACUGAAUGUGAUGAAGAACAGUAUCAAAGAUAUGUUUGGUUUAGUUGGAAUCCACAUUAAACGUACAGACAGCAAGAAUGGAAGAAAAGAAGAAUCCAUUCAUGAAAACACUGUUGAUACUCAAAAUGUAUUGAAACUGAUGAGAGAUGUGAUAACAUUAAAUCUUCAAGAAGAGAGCAAAAACAAUAUGUCUUCAAAAGUCGCAUGUGGCAAGAGUUCAAUGGCUUUAUCCAGACAGAAUAUAUUUUUACCAUAUGAUACUAGCCGAAGAACAUCGCAAGAUAAAGGCAUUAAUGCUAUGACUUAUCUUUCUGACUAUGAUGAAACUGAUUUUGAAAAGGAAGGAAUACAAACUACUCCUAGUCGUGAUUACAUGGGUUUCGGCAACAGGGAUUCACUAACACCAGAUGCAUCUUUGAGAGAGAAUACAGCAACACCGCGCGAUAUAGGAAUUAACUUUUAACUUGUGCUAUUUUAAAGUUUAAAAGUGUCUUUAUAUGUUGUAGGUCACAGAAUAGUAUAUGACAGUUGCUGUUUAUCUCUUAUUUUUUUACCAUUUCCAAAAUUGCUUGAGUAUUUCAAAACAGUUGCUAUCAAAAGGAAAAAAAAGGUUUAUUCAUAAAAUGACAAUACAGUGAUGAUAGCUUGUCUGAAAAGUGCAAAAACCUUUAAAUAAACGGGAGAUAAUUUAAUUUGAAUAAAAUGUUUGUAACGUCCAUAAAUCCAGAUUUGUUUUUCGAAAAGAUCUAAAAAAAAAAAUAACACCCUAGUACAAUUCGACGCUCAGAACUUUACAUAUCACACAUAUUUUUUGAAAAUUUUUAUCUUGUAUUUUUACCGAUAGUUUUUCUUACCUUUUCCAAAAAUCUUUUUAAAAAGUGCCUAUUAAUUAAAAUGAAUUUGCAAAAGUCUUUCAUGAGAUUUGUAGUCCUAUAAAGCUUUACCUUUAAACAUUAAUAAUUUCAGUU